CAGCUUUGCCACUAGCAACCACUUCAACACAAAUAUCUCAACCUCAAAUACCCACAACCGGUCUUCAAUAUGUGGAUGAUCAGUUGGUUCUGGGACGUCCUGUCCUCCCUUGGACUCCUCAAUAAGCACGCCAAGCUGCUGUUCCUGGGUCUUGACAAUGCCGGAAAGACGACCUUGUUGCACAUGUUGAAGAACGACCGCGUUGCGAUUCUUCAACCAACCUUACAUCCUACAUCCGAGGAGCUUGCCAUCGGCAAUGUCAAAUUCACAACAUUCGAUUUGGGCGGACAUCAACAAGCUCGCCGCCUAUGGAAGGAUUACUUCCCAGAGGUCUCCGGUAUCGUAUUCCUCGUUGACGCCAAGGACCACGAGCGUCUCUCCGAGUCCAAGGCCGAGCUUGAUGCCCUCCUCUCCAUGGAGGAGCUCCAGAAGGUCCCAUUCGUUAUCCUAGGAAACAAGAUCGACCACCCAGACGCCGUUUCGGAAGAUGAGCUGAGGCAUCAACUUGGCCUCUACCAGACAACUGGCAAGGGCAAGGUGCCACUUGAGGGUAUUAGGCCGAUCGAGGUGUUCAUGUGCUCUGUUGUCAUGAGACAGGGUUACGGAGAUGCGAUCAGAUGGUUGUCGCAGUACGUUUAGACGACACGAGCAUGCCGGCGAAGCGGAGGGGAGUUGGGAGGUUAUGAGAGCAGCAGGGAGGAUCCAGUUCGGUCGAGUAUAUCAUAAGAAGAGGAGUUUUGCAAUGGAUUUUACCGGUCUACUCUUUUUCGGCGAUAAAUCCGAAUGCGUUUUUUAUGUGCCUACGUUUUUAAGAAUCACAAUGAAGCUUCAAUCCUAAUCUAAGCCGCUCACAUGGCGUUGAUCCAACCGUGAAGUGAAGGAGCGAAAGAUCGCUACAUGGACUACAGUAUGAAUUAUUUGCGUAUCAUACCCA